CCCCGACUGUAUGGCGUUUGUAUUUUGUUUGAAAGUGAGAAACGUCGCCUUGACAACAAUUUUGGUGGUUUUAUGGAAUAUUCGAUUGAUUUUUACUAUGAAUUUGCCAAAUUAUGGAUGAUCCCCAAAAAUUAACAUCAGAAACAACAGAAAACAAGAAAGUUCUUCCGGAUGUCGUGCAUUCACAACAGAUUCCCGCUCUGGGAUCUGUCGCGAGCAGUGACACUCAAUUGUCACAAAUUGACACAGGGCAAAAUAUAGCAGGUGAAAAUAGGGUUCACAAUGUUGGAGAUACAACCGAUACGGAGUCUAUAUCAGAGCACAUACCUUCCAACGUGGAUGACUCUGCCAGUGAUUCCCUGAAUGUAAAUAAAACCCAUGAAUCUCAGGGUUUACUUAAAAUUGAAACCCACCCGGAGAGAGUUUCUGGAGAUAACUCUUUGAAUAUUCCAGCGACACACACAUCUAAUAGUGAAAAUCCUAGCAUACAAGAUCCAAGUAGACAAAGUACAUCCUGGCCACUCGAUGUAAAUAUAUCAGAUAUGCACCUCCUUAGUGAAGAGAGUCCAAUUAAUUUAGCACUAUCAUCAGAUUUGUCCAAAGAUGGUGGUACACAAGAAACCAAAUCACAUUCUUUGCGCACACCAGGUGCUAGUGAACAAAAUACACCACAAGAAUCUCCUAGAAGUGAUGGUUAUGUGGACUCACUAAAUGAACAAGAGGAAUCCAGCCAUAAAACAGAUUCAUCAAAUAAAGAAAAAUCAGUGGACAAUUCAGAUAAUUCUUUAGAAGCAAAUGAAGAAUCUCUGGAGAGGAACAGUUCUGGAUCUGAAGAAAUAAUUAAAUUGGAUAUAAGGGGUCAAGGUGUGCCAAAAUUCUCAUUACCAACCGCCAAAAUUAUAUUUGGGCCACCACCCGAAGGAAGCACCAUGAUUGGUCAAAAUAGUGACCAUAUACCAAUGUUUCCUAAUUUAUUGUCACCAUUUUUAGUUGGUGCUGGCGAUAGUAUUAAAGUUGAAGAGGUCUUUGAUUUUACCGAGCAGCAGUCCAAAGAGCCAUCACCAGAGAAAUCUUUGGAUUUAUCACUAGACAAGUCCCUUAAUGCCUCACCAGAAAAAUCACUGGAGUCAUCCCCAGACAAACGAAGCUUGUCCAGUGAUAAGGUUGAACAGAAUGAUUUGCUAGUCGAGGAAGUGAUUGUCGAUAAUGAUAUGAAGGAAAAAGGUGACAGAGAUGAAGCGUCAAUGACACCACAGCACAAGUCUAUGCCACCAGAGGACAUGUCACUCAGUACAACAGACUACAAGACAUUAGGCGAGGAGUAUCAUGAGAAGCUUGAGCACUUGGAAGACGCUCUCACGCGUCGUGACGAAUUAAUCAAAGAACUGAACGUCUCCUUACAGCGAUACGUUCGUGAACGGGACGAGCUCAGACAUGAGAAUGAACACCUCACCAACGAGGUGCAGAAUUUACAGCAUAUUGUCGGUGAGAUGUCGAACUCUGAGCACGACACGGUCAAAGGACAGUUGUCAGACUAUGUAAAGUACCAAAGUAUGGUUAAAGACGACAGCACCAAGUUUUACUCGGCUUUGAUGAGCGGAGGAUCCUCUCUACAAAGUUCCAAUGGCGAGAAGGAUAUGGACCGUGAAGAAAUUACAGUUAACUAUUCAAAAUCUGACCUGAGGUCUUCUGGUUCUUCAGAAGAUUUCCAAACUGGAUUCGAGAGCAAAUUAACUACGAUAAUUAACAAGUUCGAUCACUACAUCGAGGAGAAUUUGAGGAACAAACUUCGCGAGAGCAUGAUACAGGUAUUAUGUGAUGAAAUAGGCAAAAUUAGGAUAGAGUCCGACACAGAAAUGAAGGAAUUGGAAGCGCAAAUACAGCAAGACAAACAAGCUUACACAAUAGAGACACGGCGGCUGAGAGAACUCCUUGCCUCUGUGAAGGCAGGGAAUGCUGAUAUAGAUGCUCUAAGGCAGGAACUUAGUGUGAAACAUGAGAAAGAAAUGGAAAAUUUGAGGACAUAUUUUGAGAAAAAAUGUACUGAUAUGGAGAGGAGCUACUCGGAGGAGGUGUGGCGGGGCCGGGAGUGCGCGUCGCCGCUGUCGUCGCUGGAGGCGGAGGCGGAGGCGGGCGCGGCGGCGGCCGGCGGGGACUGCGCUCGCCGCCGCACGCGCAGCGCUGAAUUCCCAUCCAUUUCCUUCGAGUCAACACCUCUGGAACAAGGUCUGAAGCAAAUGUGCAAAAAGUAUGAGCAGCAAAUAGAAGAUCUGAAAACUGAGCAUGUGGCAUACGUGCAGGACAUACAGGCGCGGCAUGCUGAUACUAUAGCCACUUUGGAUAACCAGAUCACAAAAUUAAAAGCACGCAUACUGACUUCGGAGAAUGCAGACGCCAAUGUAUCGCUGUACCAGCAAGACAUCGACCUGGAGCUCGAGAAGAAGAGGGAUGCCCAGUUGGAGCAGAGGAUCGAGGAAGUGCGCCAAGAAGUGAUACAGCAGUUGCAGGAGCAAAUACAGGUGCUGCUGUCGGACCCGGACGCGGAGGUGUCGAGCUGGCCGCUGGAGCUGGUCGCCCUCCGCGACAAGAUACACGGCGACGCGAAAGCUCACCACGAGAAGGAGUUGUCAAGCCUACGCGACGAGCUGUCAGGCGGCGAGGGCAAAUGGAAACAGCGACGGAACCACAGCUUCGACCAGAACAGGCACCUCGAGGAGGUCACUAAGGAAAGGGAUGGCCUGAAGCGCGUGGCGGUGAGCCUGCACCGCGUGGUGGGCCAACUGGUGGCGUACUGCGCCUGCGCCGAGGACGAGCUCAACCGCACCGUGCUCGCGCAGCUGCUGCACCGGCUCACUGACAGCGACGAGCCAUUAGCUGACGAAGAAUCCCGGCCGAGCACGCCGAACCUGUCCGCGGACCUAAACACGAGCAGCGUGGUGUCGCGCGGCAAGCACGUGCACUUCGCGCCGGACCUGCAGUCCAUCCUGUGCGAGCUAGAGGAGGACGGCGUCGUGGACUUCCUGCGCCAGCAGCGCGACCUCAGCGCCGACAUCCGGCUCGAGCUCGAGCACUCGCUCACCAGGCUGCGCGCCGAGGCGCAGGACCUGCUCGAGCUCUCCUCGAGGAUCGCCGCCAAGGGCCGCAAUGAGUCGAAGAUGCUGGAAUGUAGCAAGGUGCAGAUAACAGAGCUGGUGCAGGACUUGGACGCGCGACGCACCGCCUGCGACAACUGCGAGCUACACAAAAAGACGAUGGAGGAAGCGAUGGCGGAGUGCCUGCAGCGCGAGAACCUCCUGCGCUCGGACCUGGAGGCGGCCAUGGUGAAGAUCGCUCAUCUGAUGACGGUGGCGGACGGCGUCCACUCCACCGAUCUCAUUGCGGAGGGGUACGGCACGGGGCAGGCGGGCGUGCGGUCGCUGGGCUCGCGGCCCCGCCCCCCGCCGCCGGACGCCGCCUCGCCCCCCUCGCCCGCCUCGCCCGCCUCGCCCGCCUCACCCUCCUCGCCCGCCGCCUCGCCCGCCACGCGCCUCGCGCGCGACCUCGACCUGCUGCAGCGAGAGCGCGACGACCUGCACCAACAGAUUAAACGGAUGUCCGAUUCACCCGUGCAUAAGAUAUGCUGCGAGAAGCUGGAAGCGGCCAACCGUCAACUACGCUCGACCCGACAAUUCGUAGAGGAGCAGGCGACAGAAAGAGAAGCGGAACGGGACGAGUUCGCGAAACGCCUGGCGGAGUUGCGCGACGAGAACUCGAGGCUAACCACCCGGCUGCAGAACAAUGCUAGAAUAUUAAACGAGAUGCAGAGUCUGCGGUCAUGCGGCGGUCGCGCCUCGCUUCACCACGUUGAACAGCUCGAAGCUCAGACCCGUGAGAUGAAUCAAAUUAUAAACGAACUGGAAAUGAAGAAAGCCGCAUCAGAUGACGAGCUUAAAGCCACUGAGGAGAAGGUGACAUUACUCAGAGAUAUAAUAGGAAAUCUCGAGAAUCAACUAGAGCAGAAAGCAACGCACGAAGCGGAGAUAUUAGAGCAGUUGGAGGGAAUGAAAAAGACGAUAGAAGAGAGAGACGGCAAGAUGAGAUCCCUGCUAGGCGAAUUGGAGUCGUUGAAGAGCGAGAAAGUAGAUCAGAGUGAGGUGACGUGCGUCCACUGCGAGCAGGAGGAGGAUCGAUAUGGGGAGCUGUUGGAGAAAGUUCGAGAACAGUGCCGGUGGCUGGAGGAGAAGAUCCACCGGCGCACCGGGCAGCUGGAGCGGCUGCACGAGGUGUGCUCGGCGUCGUGCAGCGAGCCCAGCGAGGACGUGUCGCUGCGGGACCAGCGCCACCAGCUCACGGUACCGCCACUGCCUUACAUAUGGGAUAGGAUAAAGCACUGA